GAGUUCUGCGUUCAACGUUUUGAAAGUGCAAAGAUGUACACGGCUUUUGUUUUUGUGUUGAUGUUAAUUUCAUUUCACGUUGUUAACGGCUUUAGAAGAAAAGCCAAGUGUUCGGUUGAAAAUGGAAAUAUUAUCAAAAGUGAAGGCGAUAAAACAACGUUUUCCUGCCGUGAGGGUUUUGUAAGUAAUGUGAAACAGCUCGAAAACGCAAAUUUUGAGUGUAAAUUCAUUAGGAAGAAAGGAAUAUACGCCUUUUACACAAGACUUUGGACGAAUGGAGGUCAGAGAGACGAUGUAUUCCUUCAAAAUGUCACGUGCAUUCCAGGGAACUUGUGCGAACAUCCACAAGGACAGUUUGGUGAUAUCGUAUCAAAACCAAUUAAGUUAAAAGAAAGCGACCAAAAUGAAGGCGUUUACUACUUUCUCAACACCCCUGUCCGGCCGUUAUUCAGACCUGGAGACAAAAUCGCUCUUGAUUGUGAAAAAGGGUAUGAAUACCUUCCAAACGAUUCUGGCAAUGAAUGGACAACGGAGGCUACAACGAACGAUAUGGAUGAUAUAUACGAAAUGUACUUGACUUAUGAUUAUAAUACUGAAUUGGACGACGUUGCAACAGAAAUGGUCUGUAGCUUGAACGGAACCUGGACUGUAAACGGAAGUAUCGGAUAUUGCAAAGAAAUCACAUGCGAUGCCAAACAUUUGCAGUAUAUUGCCAAUGGUAAUAUAACGAACUACAAAGAAGUGUAUAAUUAUCACGAAUACAUAGAAUUGUCAUGCAAUGAAGGAUUCAAACCUUUAGGCAAGUUGGUGUGUCUGGCAGCAAACAGUUUUGAGAGCAAUCAAAUUAGAUGCGAAGUCAUAACUUGUCCUGAGCCUCGGAUUCCAAUUUAUGGGAAUAUAAGAAACAAACAGCUUUUCUACACCGUAGGAAAUGUAGUGGAAUUUAUUUGCGACAACGAUUAUGAAAUGUUUGGUUCCAAGCAGUGGAAAUGUCAAGACGAUGGAAGUUGGGAUGGCAAGUGUGUCCGUUGCGUUCGACCAGGAGAUCACUGUCCGGCUCCAUGUGUGCCUGAAGAAGCUAUAGUGACACUUUUUCCUACUGUUGUAUCUGUGAACUCAAUGCUGAUAUUUGAAUGCAAGUCAGGUGUAGCCAUAGCAGGAAACUCAACCAGAGUGUGUUUAAAGAAUACAUUGUGGAGUGGAGAGCCGCUUGAUUGUACAGAUGGUUUGGAAUUCCCAUGUGGCAGAACGGAUAAUAUGCUGACUGAGAUAAGGAUUUUUAACGAAACACGAUAUGAAACAUGUGCACUACGACACGCAUGGCCAUGGAUGGUUCAACUUUUGAAUAAGGAUAAAAAACAUAUUUGCGGUGCGUCAUUAAUCCAUCCAAGGUGGAUUUUAACAGCAGCUCAUUGCCUUGAAAAUGUCACGCAGGCAUUUGCUCGAUUCAAAAAUGAAAACAGUAGUAGCACAGAUGACUAUGCGAAACUACUCAAAAACUGGACAAGUCACAAGGAAUACAACAAUACAACAUUUGAGAACGAUGUAGCACUGAUUGAAAUCGACAGCAAAGGACUUAAGUUUGACAGCCAUAUGUACGCCGUCUGUCUUUGGAGUAAAGACCGAUGUACACUAACACCAGACCAAUACAAUGGUUUGUUUGAGAAUCAAACAUACGGUGUAGUGACAGGUUGGGGUGUGCAUAAACAUGGCUUUAAGCAGGCAGCACAACGAUUGAAGCAGUUACAGAUGCCAGUGAGGGAUGAUUCUGAAUGCAACACUAAUUUGAACAAGGACAAGAAAAAGACAAUAUUUCACAAACAUGUUAUGUUUUGUGCGGGUGGAGAGCAAAAUGUGUCAGUGAGUGAAGUAGACACCUGUCCAUCUCUCGGGGAUGACUCAUAUAAAGCACCAGUAGUCAACGGUACACUACAGGUAGAUGCCUGUGGGGGUGACAGUGGAGGUCCGUUUGUAGUGGUGGAUCCGAACAACGAAAAUACCUUUAUUCAGAUAGGAAUCGUGUCAGCUGGUAUUUCGUGUAAGAAAAAUGGAACAUAUGGAGUGUACACAAAGCUGACCCAAACCAUACUCAAAUGGAUAAAUACAACAUGUAAUAAUUGUCUCUAAGCAGUUUGCAAAUCGUAAAAAUAUUCUCAAGACAUUUCACCUCUAGUAUGCACUGUAACAAACAAAAAUGUUAUGCUGAAUAUAAGCAUUCGAACAUAUAGUGUAUUUAUCCUAAAUACUCGAACAGAUAGUGUAUUUGUCAUUGAUAUUCGGACACAUAGUGUAUUUGUUCUUGAUAUUCGGCUGAUAGUGUAUAUGUCCUCGAUAUUUGGACAGAUAGAGUAUUUGUCCUUGAUAUUCGGACACAAAGUGUAUUUUUCCUUGAUAUUUGUACAGAAAGUGUAUUUUCCUUGAUAUUCAGACACUUAGUGUAUUUGUCCUUGAAAUUUGGACAUUUAGUGUAUUUUCCUUGAUAAUCGGACAUAUAGGGUAUUUGCCCUUUAUAUUCGGACACAUAGUGUAUUUGUCCUUGAUAUUUGAAUAUAUGGUGUUCUUUAUAUUCGAAGAAAUGGUGUAUUUAUCCUUAAUUUAAAUGUAAUAUAAGUCAUUAUUGUUUAGUUUCCUGUUUAUUAUGUUAUUUAGCAUGUCCUUCUGCAUUAUUCGAUUGUUGAUAUACACGUACAUUUUUCUAUGCUCAUUGAGAGAAAACAUUCAAUUCAAAAUUAUAAAUUUGAUAUAUAAUUACGAAAUUUAUGCCAAAGAUCAAGGCACAGUCCCUUCGAGUUUGAGGCAGUAUUGCCGAAAACGUUGUAGUUCAAUUUUACUGAUCGAUGCUUAUCAGCAGCCUUAUUACAUCAGUUUUGGAAAGAGUCAAUAAAAACAUUAAUACACAGUAUAAGCAAUACGUGUUGUAGCUUCGUCUUCCCUUUCCCAGUUUAUCCAUAAGUAAAUUCAGAUAACACGCACGAAGUCAUUGUCACUAUGUUGACUGGCACACUUAAUUUGGUAAAACGAUUGGUACCUUAUUACUUAUUAUCCUAGGGCACCAAAGCCAGAAUAUAUCUGGUUGUCUUUCAGGUAAAAAUUAUAGCUAUAAUCUUAUACCUUGAUUUUCGUUAAAGAUCAAUUCAGACUGAAAUUGUAUAUUUAGUAAGGAUCUGCAUAGAAUUAUUUUUUCUGUUAACUGUAAUAUUAAUAUGUUUUGUAAUUUUCUUCAAUUUUAAUAUGCAUUAUAUUUUCCUUGAUUUGAUAGUUGUUCUCU